AUGGCUUCCGGGAUUUUGCUCAUCCCAGGUCCAAUUGUCAUCAGUGAAAAUGUCCAGAAAGCUCUAGGUACUCCCUCCGUGUCCCACACCAGCCCUGAAUUUGUGGAUCUGUUUGCGAGUACACUGCAGAAAACUCGUCAGUUAUUCCAGGCAGGUGAAUCUGCUCAACCGCUGAUAGUUGCCGGUAGUGGUACGCUAGGCUGGGACAUGGCUGCUUCCAACCUGAUAGAGCCCGGAGCCAAAGUUCUUGUUCUAUCAACUGGGUUUUUUUCGGAUUCUUUCGCUGAAUGUCUACAGACCUACGGUGCUCACGUCGACAAGCUCACGGCUCCUCUCGGUGGUGUAGUGCCGUUGAGUGAUAUCCGGAAAACCUUAGGCGGGCAAAAGUACGAAAUGAUCGUAAUAACGCACGUUGACACCUCCACUGCGGUCUUGAGCGACGUUAAGAGUAUCAGCGAGGUGGUCAAAAAUGUUUCUCCGGAUACGCUAAUUACUGUGGAUGGUGUAUGUUCGAUCGGCUGUGAAGAGUUUGCAUUCGAUGCGUGGGGCAUCGAUUACGCGUUAAGCGCUUCCCAAAAGGCCAUCGGAUGUCCUCCAGGUCUUAGUAUAUCUGUACUGAGCUCCAGGGCGAUUGAAGUUGCGUUAAAUCGCAAGUCUCAAUCCUCAUUCUUUGCGAGCUUCAAGAAAUGGAUCCCGAUCAUGCAGAAUUACGAACAAUCCAAAGCAGCCUACUUUGCAACGCCCGCGGUACAACUGGUCAAUGCCCUAAAUGUGUCGAUUGGUGAAAUCCUGGAACAGGGACUCGAAGCCCGCAUUGCAAAGCACCAUGCCACUAGCGAUUGGUUCAAGAACAAACUAAGGACCGAAAAGGGACUGAAAUUGGUAAGUUCAAACCAAAGAGUAUCAGCUCACGGUCUGACAGCCGUUUAUGUUAAGAAGCCGGCGGAGGCGAUUUCUGCACUCAAAAAAAAGGGUAUUAUCAUCGCGGGUGGCAUUCACAAAGACAUAAAGGGAGAGUACAUCCGUGUGGGCCACAUGGGCGAAUCUGCCUGCAACGAUUCGCUCUGUCACAUUCAGCUAUGUUACGAAGCCUUGAGCGAAUUGGAGUUGUAA